AGGGCACGAAGCACGAAGAUCUCAUAAAACACCGUUGAUCCAGGUUCGCUUCACAUCAGUCAGUGCAAAGUUUUGUACGUGUAAUAAAGUUAAGGGUUGAACUGAGGAGGCGGGAGUCCAGGAGAAGAAAUACAAACAUUAGUCGUAACAGGAUGCACAGCCAUCAGAGGUCAAUGGCUCGGCGGCAGAUACAAGAGCAGCACCGGCAGCAGGAGGCCCAGCGUGUGGACAGGGAGCGGCAGCUGCAGGCCAGCCUGAGGGAGGAGGAGGGCUUCGAGAGGAGGAGAUACCUGCGACAGGUGCAGCAGGAGUUCAGGGAGAAGCAGAUAGAGAGCGCCCUGGUCAAGGCAGAGGAGGAACGAGUAAAGAGGGAAAGACAACUUGAACAGGAGGAGAGAAUAGCCAAGGAGCUGGCCCGCAUCGACUACGAGAAGCAGAGAGAGGAGAAAAUGAGGCAGUAUAUCAAAGAAAACAGCUUGGAGCUUCGAGAGCUGGAAUCAAAGCUGAAGUCUGCGUACCUGAACAAGGAAAGAGCUGCACAGAUUGCUGAGCAGGAGGCCAGGAGGUUUGAGACAGUGCGUGAGGAGGCAGACUACGCCCGCAAGAUGAAGAGCGAGCAUGAGCGGGCAGCCGUCGAGCAGCAGAAACUGGAGCUGAAGCGCCAGGAGGAGAUGAUGCAGUAUCAGAGAGAGCUGGAGCAGCAGCUCAUGGAGAGGGAGCGCAGGAGACAGGAGGCGUACGAGGAGUUCCUCAAAGAGAAGCUCAUGGUGGACGAGAUCGUCAGGAAGAUUUACGAGGAGGAUCAGAUGGAGAGACAGCUGAGACUGGAGAAAGUCCGAGCCACUCAGCACCACAUCGAAGAGUUCAAGAGACAGCAGGCUGAGUGGAGACGCAUGGAGCAGGAAAGGAUGGAGGCCGAGAACAAACGCAUCAUGGAGUUUGUGAAGCAGCAGCAGCACAUGGAGGAGGACAGGAUGGCAAAGCUCAAAGAGAGAGAAGAAGCAAAGGAGUAUCUUCAUAAAAUGCUGUGUGAGAAGAUCGAAGAGGAGCGGCAGCAGCGUGAAGAGAUGGAGCGUGUCCGUGAGGAGCUUCAUUUAGAAGAACAAGAAGAGGCUAACAGGCAGAGAGAAAUCGAGGAGAUGGAGAAGAAGAUCAGACAGAGGCUGAUGAUGCAGCAGAGCGCCCAGGAGCAGCUGGCUUUCAAAGAGAUGCAGAGGCGGGCCGAGAAAGAGGAAGAGGAGGCCUUCAGGAAGAUGAUGAUGGCCAAGUUUGCAGAGGACGAUCGCAUAGAGCAGAUGAACGCCCAGAAACGACGCAUGAAGCAGCUUGAACACAAACGGGAGGUGGAGAAACUAAUAGAAGACAGAAGACGGCAGCGUGAGGCCGACAUGGAACUGGAGGCUAAAGAAAGAGCGAUUGAGGAGAAGAAAGAGGCGCUGCGGAGACAGAUCAUCGAAGAAGAGAGGCAGAGGCUUCUGAAGCGUCACGCAACAAAACUCCUCGGAUACUUCCCCAAGGGCUUGCUCCGCGAGAAUGACCUCGAACAUUUUGACGAAGACUUCAGAAAACACUUUAAAACACGUCAGGCUGAUAUCUUCUCGGACGACGGCUGGGAGGGCGACGAUUAAACGCUUGUUUUCCAGUCUGCCACUAGAGGGCAUUUAGGUACAUACAAGGAAACGAUUCAGAGCUGCAUUUUUAUUAAGAGAUGCUGACAGGUUCUGAGUUAACAUCAUUCUAAACAGAUGUAAAGUAAAAAGACAAACAUUUUAAGAGACAACU